UUGAAGGUGGAAGCAAGAUGGCGGAGGCGACGAAUCGGUGAAGGAGGAGGCGCCGCCGUCGCCCGCUCCGCGCACGGAGGGAGAAGGAGGGAAAGAAGAGGCCGUCGCCUGAAGGCCGCCGCCGCGGCCCGGUUACCCUCCGGCUUCUUGUCCUCUCCCCGUCUCGGAUGAUGGAGGUGAUCGAGGGCUGCCGGCUGCCCGUCCUCAGGAGGAACCAGGAGAACGAGGACGAGUGGCCACUGGCAGAGAUUCUCAGUGUAAAGGACAUCAAUGGGAGGAAGGUGUUCUAUGUCCAUUACAUUGACUUCAACAAGCGCCUGGAUGAGUGGGUGACCCCCGAACGCCUGGAUCUGAAGAAAAUCCAGUUCCCGAAGAAGGAAGCCAAGACUCCGACCAAGAAUGGGCUCCCGGGUUCCAGACCGAACUCUCCCGAGCGGGAACUGAAGAAGACACCCGAUCUCUCGUUACACCCUUCGACAGCAGGGAUUGGGAAAUCCAUUCCAACACCGAAAAGGAAGUUGGAAGCCGUCUCACUCGCCACCCAGUGCUCCCCGGCGACCCCUGUCACAGCUGCCUCGGAGAUCCCGACGCCCGUCUAUGCACAGCAGAAUGGUUCCGCCAGGAGGCCGGUUUCCGUGGGGGCGGGGAGGAAGAGGAAGGCCAACUGCCUGGGCACUGACGAGGACUCCCAGGACAGCUCGGAUGGGAUCCCCUCGGCCCCGCGGAUGACGGGAAGCCUGGUGUCGGACAGGAGCCACGAUGACAUCGUCACUCGGAUGAAGAACAUAGAGUGCAUCGAGCUGGGCCGACACCGUCUCAAGCCGUGGUACUUCUCCCCGUACCCUCAGGAGCUGACCUCCCUCCCCGUCCUCUACCUCUGCGAGUUCUGUCUGAAGUACCUAAAGAGCCUCAAGUGUCUGCAGAGGCACCUGACCAAAUGCAAUCUGCGUCAUCCGCCAGGGAACGAAAUCUACCGGAAGGGAACCAUUUCCUUCUUCGAAAUUGACGGCAGGAAAAACAAGAACUACUCCCAGAACCUGUGCCUGUUGGCCAAGUGCUUUCUGGACCACAAGACGCUGUACUACGACACCGACCCCUUCCUCUUCUACGUGAUGACCGAGUACGACUGCAAAGGCUUCCACAUUGUUGGCUACUUCUCAAAGGAGAAGGAGUCAACAGAGGAUUACAACGUGGCCUGUAUAUUAACACUACCCCCAUACCAGAGGAGGGGCUACGGCAAGUUACUGAUUGAGUUCAGCUACGAGCUGUCGAAGGUAGAGGGGAAGACGGGGACGCCGGAGAAGCCGCUGUCCGACCUGGGGCUGCUCUCCUACCGCAGCUACUGGUCACAGACCAUCCUGGAGAUCCUCAUGGAGCUGAAGUCAGAGAACGGGGAGCGGCCGCAGAUCACCAUCAAUGAGAUCAGUGAACUAACGAGUAUUAAGAAAGAGGAUGUCAUCUCCACCCUGCAGUACCUCAAUCUGAUUAACUACUACAAGGGUCAGUACAUCCUCACCCUGUCGGAGGACAUCGUUGAAGGCCACGAGAAGGCCAUGAUGAAGAGGCACCUGCGGAUCGACUCAAAGUGCCUGCACUUCACGCCCAAGGACUGGAGCAAGAGGGGGAAGUGGUAACGACCUACUGUCCGGGACAGGGACAGGGACAGAGAGAGAGUUGCUGACUGUCGCCUGGGACUGUAGGGACCGUUCGUCCCGGCUCCUCUUCUUCCAACGCACAUGGAAACGUUGCUGUUUCUCUCUCCGUUGAGCUGACAGUGACCAAAUGUCCAUCCCGUUACUGCACCGCAACUACUCACACACCAGUCCUCCCGCCCUGGAACGGAAGGCAAGGAGACUUAUGGAGGGGUCUCUGCCUGGUGAGAGCAGCGGCUCACCUCAAGUGGGACGGGGUACAGUCCCACCCGACGAUCCCCAGCGGACGGACAGUGCUCCCCAGCUGCCGUUUGACGGACGCCAGAUGGUGGGUGUUCGACGGGGUGUCGGGAGGAUGCUCCCUCUGCACUACCCACACCCCAGGGAGCACGGCCGAUGGGGGACCCGCGUUUCCGGACUGACCUUGCGGCUGUGGGGAGUGUCACGGGGCGGGGGUACUCAGGUAUGACCCUCAGCGUUGAAGCUGAAGUCAGACUCUUGGGGGUGGGGGGAAAGGCCUGCGCAGACGGGAGACAAGAAGGUACCAAUUGUCUGGGUUUCUGCAGGCAACAUGGUCUCAGGAAACGACUGGAUGGUGUGUUCAAACUAGGCUCAAGCACAGGGGAUCCCGAAUUGUUGGGAGUUCCUUCACUGGUGACUGUAAAAACUGUCUUUACAAACACAAUGGUCAGCACCAUUUGCUCUUGUGCCAGUCUUUCAGCUCCUCGCUGCCUCUCACCCGUUCAGGUAUUGAAUUAUACCAGUAAUCCACUCAGCUAGAGGCAGCAUAGAGGGAGCUUCAGUCUGUGUCUGACCCCGGGAGUGUGUGAUGGGAUGGUGUGGAGGGAGCUUCAGUCUGUGUCUGACCCCGGGAGUGUGUGAUGGGACGGUGUGGAGGGAACUUCACUCUGUGUCUGACCCUGGGAGUGUGUGAUGGGACGGUACGGAGGGAGUUUCACUCUGUGUCUGACCCCGGGAGUGUGUGAUGGGACGGUGUGGAGGGAGCUUCACUCUGUGUCUGACCCCGGGAGUGUGUGAUGGGACGGUGUGGAGGGAGCUUCACUCUGUGUCUGACCCCGGGAAUGUGUGAUGGGACGGUGCGGAGGGAGCUUCACUCUGUGUCUGACCCCGGGAGUGUGUGAUGGGACAGUGUGGAGGGAACUUCACUCUGUGUCUGACCCCGGGAGUGUGUGAUGGGACGGUGUGGAGGGAGCUUCACUCUGUGUCUGACCCCGGGAGUGUGUGAUGGGACGGUGCGGAGGGAGAUUCACUCUGUGUCUGACCCCGGGAGUGUGUUUGGUCAAGUUCAUAACUUGUUCCUGGAGGUGACAUUGUCCCUGAGCAGCAACCUCAGAAGAGAAUCCUCCCCAGCUGGAGUAGCCCUGGUUUACGGAUCCAUUGGCUGUGGAACACUUCUGAUCUAAGGAGCUGAGGUGAACUCCGCAGUAUUACAUAGGCCAAGGACAACCAGCUGAAUAUCCCCCAGACACCCCCCCCCCACUGUCUUUCAUGUCUAUUCCCUUAUCCCCUUCCCCACCUACUCCCACUCUCAGCUGAGCUGGAACCUGCGUGUGGCGGUGUGGGCAGAACCUUCGAACGACUUGGGGAUUGGAUGUGAAUUUUUUAAAUACCGAUCAAUGUCUGUAUAUAUUGGAAAAAGUCAGUUCAACACAUGAACCUUUCUGGGGAGUUCCUGCCCGUGGGAACCGUCCGACUCUUGUCCAUGGGUAGGAGUCUCCCUCAGGAUGUCCUGGCGGACAGGUAAAGGCUGGGGGUACACACAGAGUCACCAACUCAAAGCGCUGUGGACGACUUCUCAUGGCCUUGAAUCCGCACACCCCCUGCCCAGCCCCCCAGUAGCCUUCAGCGCGAUGCCUAAUGUAGCCGCAUGUCUUGUGCUGUGUAACUUUCCUGUUGUGUGACCUCCCAACUGUUUGUGUAAAUGCAUGUAAUUCUCAGUUAGAAUUGGUAAUAUCAGCAAGAGUUGUACAGUUUUUUUAAAGUAUUCUGGGUUGUAUAAAAAAAAUUAAAUAUUAA